AUGGUUUCAGCCACUAGACCGACCAAUGCCUCAGCUGUUGAUGUGACUUAUGUUGUCCAGCAAAAUGGUCAGAUUCUCUCAGGAACACAGGCAUCUGAUCAGCUGAACCUGUUGUCAGAACAGGAAGUUGCCAUAGUCACAGGACAGUUGGUCAGCAUAACUGCCCAGCGUAAGUUUUUCAGUCAUCUCCGUCUUUCAAACUGACUUCUGUGUUAUGAAUUUGAAUUGAAAUGACUCUUGAUUUCUCUUAGAUGUAGUCCACAUGUUUGUUUCAUGAAUGUUAGGUUCGGUUCGAAUUUUUGUUUUUCGAAAGUUUUGUUUGAUAUACAUAAACUAAUUUUGUCUACAAAUUUGUGUGUUCCCAGCCUACAUACAACCAGCAAGCAGCGAGGAGGAUAUGACCAAAUGGAUUAUUCUAGGCUGCGUGUUGGGUGGCGUC